AUGCUUCUCUUCAGUAGGCAGGGAAAAUUGCGCCUCCAAAAGUGGUACACUGCUUUUCCAGAUAAGCAAAAGAAGAAGAUAUGCCGAGAGCUUAUAACGCAAAUUCUUGCCAGAAAGCCAAAAAUGUGCGCUUUCCUAGAAUAUAAAGAUUUGAAAAUUGUAUACAAAAGAUAUGCUUCCUUAUACUUCUGCUGUGCUAUCGAACAAUCCGACAACGAGCUGAUUUGUCUAGAAAUCAUUCACAGAUAUGUCGAACUUCUGGAUAAAUACUUCGGAAGUGUUUGCGAACUUGACAUUAUUUUCAAUUUCGAAAAAGCCUACUUUAUUCUUGAUGAAUUCUUGCUUGCUGGAGAAAUUCAGGAAACGAGCAAGAAACAAGUUUUGAAGGCGAUCGCUGCUCAAGAUCUCAUUCAAGAAGAAGAAACACCACAAGGGUUCUUCGAAGAUCAUGGACUCGGAUAA